CCGUUACUGUUACUAUAACUGCUAGCCACCCAGAGAUGCUGAGAUGGGAGGCUGUAGAAAUUGAAUAAGUGAACAAACAAACGAGUUCUGCGUGGGAUCUUUGCGGUCAUAGAUCGAAAGCGCUUCUCCAGGAUCAUCUAUCUCGUACCUGCCCCGCUUCCUUGCGACCACCUUCCCCCCGCUUCCUCCGCUUUGGAUUCUUCCCACCGAACUACGAUUCCCAGAAUGCCAAGCGAAGCCGGCGCUCUCCUUUCCCCCUACGAGCGCAUAGGAUAAGCCGUGUGGGCCGGGCCACAGGCGGCGGCGGCGGCGGCGGCAGCGGCUGUUGUUUCUUCUGUCGCCGUGGCAGCUGAGGGCUGCGUCGAGCUUUGGGCAUCGGGGAAGCUUUUAGGAACCCUGUAGAGGCCUGUUCUUUCCUCCUCUCUUGAUGUUUCUCCAACCUGAUUCUUUUCUCCAGCUCCUUGAAAAGAGCUUAUAAUGGCAAAAGACAUCCUAGGAGAGGCAGGUCUCCACUUUGACGAGCUGAACAAACUGAGGGUUUUGGAUCCAGAGGUGGCCCAACAAACCACAGAGCUGAAAGAGGAAUGCAGACUGUUUGUAGACAAAAUUGCCGAGUUUAAAAAAAUAGUGGGCAACCUCAUUGAACUUGUAGAUCAGCUAGCAAAAGCCACAGAAAAUGAGAAGAUUAAGGCAAUCGGGGCCCGUAACUUACUGAAGUCCAUAGCAAAGCAAAGAGAGGCCCAACAGCAACAACUCCAGGCAUUAAUCGCCGAGAAGAAGACGCAGUUGGAAAGGUACCGAGUUGAGUAUCAAACACUAUGCAAAAUAGAAGCGGACCAGAAUGAAUUCAUUGACCAGUUUAUCUUUCAGAAGUAGACCAAGAAUUGAUGACAAUUGAUGACCAAGAGAACGUGACCCAUUCCUGUUGUUCCAGAACAGGCAGUUUGGACAGGCUGUGAAAGCAUCAACUGAGGACACACCUUGCAAGAUCUCCUGUUCAAUCUGGAGGAUUUCCAUUGUCCCCAAGCAACCCACCCUGUGGUUGAGGGGUAAUGAAAACCAUGGUUGGCAGGUUCCCUGGGAAGAUGUUUGCGAUUGGAUGUGCUUCCAAAGGAUGAAAAGGAAGGAGCAACUCUUCUAUUUAAGUCUCUCUUUUUUAAAGCAGCUGUUUAUAAUCAGAGUUUCGAUCACUAAACUGUAUUUCUCACUGAGUUUGUUCAUCUUCCCCACUUUUUAAGAAAAUAAAAA